ACGUUUGUAUCAAAGCCUUCGUUGUCUCAAGAGACGUACGCUCCGGAUCGAUUUCUCUUCUCAAAGGCGUUCACGCAGCGGUCCUGCGGACCGGCAGUGGUUUUCUACCGAAUUCGUUCAAACAAGCUUCGCAUUACUCUGCUGCCCGCUUUGCAGCCAACGACAGGCACCGUUGAUGUUGGCGAGCGUUGAAUAAUGCUUCGGCAAUCGAAAUUAUGUCAAUGUAUUUUCUGUUACUCAGAUUGUUUGGUAAGCGGUGUAGCUGUGACACGCGUGUUGCCUUACUCGUACGUAAUUAGUUGCGUCGGCUAUAUCGACAUAAGGGAUAUAUGAUAUAAGUAAGGCUCUUGACGCUUGCAGUAGGAAAUCGAUGUAUACGGAUUGGGAUUGUCCUGAACUGUGGAAUCGCCAGUGAUCUUUAAAAGUCUCGGUUAUCGUACGGUUCCGAACGACUGCUCGAUUAGAUCGCUCUCGCUAUCUCUAUCACCGACGACGCUGGCGCGGCUACUGCAGAUACGGUGAUAUCAAGCUGUUUGAGUGCCAUCGCGUCGCGACCACAACGUCGGACUUUCUCGAUCAGCGAGCUUGGCUAUAUAAGACUAAGUUCAUAUGUUUCUAUCAAAGCCUUCGUUGUCUCAAGAGACGUACGCUCCGGAUCGAUUUCUCUUCUCAAAGGCGUUCACGCAGCGGUCCUGCGGACCGGCAAUGAUUUUCUCAAUUCGUUCAAACAAGCUUCGCAUUACUCUGCUGCCCGCUUUUCAGCGAACGACAGGAACCGUUGAUGUUGACGAGCAUUGAAUAAUGCUUCGGCAAUCGAAAUUAUGUCAAUGUAUUUUCUAUUACUCAGAUCGUGGCGUAAUCAAUAUUUUCGUGGCACGCGUGUUGCCUUACUCGUACGUAGUUAGUUGCGUCGGCUAUCUCGAGAUAAGGGAUAUAUGAUAUAAGUAAGGCUCUUGACGAUUAGAGUACGAUAUCGAUGUAUAUCGAUUCGGAUUGGACUGGAUUAUGGGAUCGCGUGAUCUUUAAAAGUCUCUGUUGCCUUACGGAUCCGUUCGACUGCUCGAUCAUAUCACUCUCACUAUCUCUAUCACCGGCGACGCUCGAGCGGCUGCAACGCGUUACCGGGAUAUCAAGCGAUUCGAGCGCCACAUCGCACCGCGACUACGAUUGCGAGCUUUCUCGAUCAGCGAGCUUGUCUAUAUACGACCAUUUCGUACUCCUGUACCAAAGCCUUCGUUGUGUCAAGGGACGUACGCGUCGGACGAUUUCUCUUCUCAAGGAGCUUUCAGGCGGCGCUUAGACGGCUGCUACUGAUACGGGUAUCUCAAUCGAUUCGAGUGCCAUCGCGUCGCCACUACAACAUCGAACUUUCUCGAUCAGCGAGCUUGGCUAUAUACGAUCAAGUUCAUACGUUUGUAUCUUUCAUUCUUGGCUUCUUUCAUUAACUUCUUUUUAGAUAUGACCCUAAUGGGUGUCUUAUGUGACCAUAUGAUAAGUUUCAGGAACCGUGACCAGGACUUUUAACUUUUCCUUUACAAGAUUUUUUUUCUAAGAACCUGAUUGAUACGACUUAUAAAUCGAUGAGAAAUGAAAUUAUAUUAGCGUAAUAGAAUGAACGCUUUUUUAAUAUCUUCUGAAAGAAUGUAAUAGCGUGAAAUGAAUAACCUUCCAUGUACUUAUGUGUAUACAUUGUGUGUGAUAAGUGGAGAAAGUACCUAAAUGUCUAAUUAUAUCAUAAGAUUCUGACGUAUCAAGAAAAUGAUUCUACGUCGCAGAAAAAAUGUGAACCUCAGGGUGAGUCAAAAUUUUACGUAAAAAUUUAAUUGUUUGAUGAAGGAAUAUCAAUGAAAAUAUAAUUAAAACUGAAUGAAAAAUCUUUAUGCAUUUUGAACGAAUUGUUCCAUAAUGUCAUCGACCAACAUUGAUAUUUCUUUCGAGGCACUUUUAUUUAAUCUCCUUCCUUUUAAUUUCCCUUUCCUAAUUUAUUAUUGCCUUCGCGGAUAGUUCGAAAGUAAUUAAAAGUCAAUCGCAUCAAUGCAAUUACAUUUCGAUAUACUUUAUAAAUACUUUAUAUACGGACCGAUAAGUAUGUGAUUUAUAUUUCUUGACCUUCUAGAACUUCUUACCCCAUCAAAUUUGAUAUUAUAAGCUCUGAUGGCGAGAGCAAAGUCUACACUCCAUACUCUUUAAAUAUUUUUUCCUUUCCCCUUACAUAAUUACUUUCUGUUAAGAUAGCAGAAUUGUAGGAGUCGGUGUGCGGUGCUAACAAAGUAUCUGUAAAUCUCAACACGUAUUAUUAGAAUUAUAGGAGUAAUUUUAUUUUGAUUAAAUUGUUUGCAUACUUUUCAAUUGAUUCAAUUCAUAAUGGAGUUCAUUGCUUUAAUGAUUGCCAUUACAGCAAUACUAAUUGGAUUAUUUUGUGGAAUAGUAAACAAUUUUUUAAAUAAAUUAUACAUAUAUAAUACGAUCAAAGGAUUCCCGGGCCCAAAAGCAUAUCCAAUUAUCGGAAAUGCUCAUUUGUUUAUCGGUAAUAUCGGAGAUAUAACUAAGCAAAUUCUAAAGAUAAGUAAAAAUUACCAAUCAAUAUUUCGUCUAUGGUUAGGUAUGCAAUUGUUUAUCGUAAUAAACAAUUCUGAAUAUAUCAAAAAUGUAUUGAAGAGUCCAAAUAUUACUGAAAAAAGCGAGGAGUAUGGAAUUCUGAAACUUGUUGUGGGCAAUGGAUUGCUGACUGCUCCAGUAUCGGUGUGGAAUACUCAUCGAAAAUUUCUAAAUAAAAUCUUUCUGGAAAAAUAUUUAAAGUCGCAUACAGAUGUACUAGUUCAUCAUUCUAUCGCAUUAAUUAAAAAAUUGGAAACAUUAAUUGGAGAAGAACUAGACAUUCGGCAUUACGUUUUUCGCUGCACAUUGGAUAUUGUAUAUGAUAACAUGUUCAAUAUACGACUAAAUUCCCUAAUCAAUGAGAAUUGCAAACUGCCUGAAUCUAUUGAUUGUUUGAUGGAUAUAGCUAUGCAAAGAAUCCUUAAAUUAUGGUUACGUCCUGACAUAAUUUUUUAUAACACUGCUAUGGGAAAGAAAUUACGGACGUGUAUGUCGCGCCUGGAUAACAUUACAAGCAAUAUAAUCAAAGAAAAGAAGGAAUCUAUGUUGAGAAGUAAAUUAAAUCGGGAACUGACAGAGGAAAAUUCAGAACAAAAGCCAAGUUUUCUCCAGGACCUUUUAUUUGAAUCAUUCCAUGAAGAUGUAAAAUAUUCAGAGCAAGAUAUUCGAGACGAAAUCAAUACCAUUGUUAUAGCUAACGAAGUAUAUAAGGAACUGAAUCAAAUUUAUGGCUCAUGCGAUCCGAAAGAUAAAUCAAUAAAGUAUGAUGAUCUUAAAGAUAUGAAACUUUUGGAACGAGUAAUCAAAGAAACGUUACGACUUUUCCCCGCAGCUCCUGUCAUCGCUCGGAAAGUAACGCAAGAUAUAGAGGUGACAAAAAACUGGACUAUACCGAAAGGAAGUUCAGCGAUAUUUUUCAUCUAUAAUCUUCAUCGUAAUGAAAAAUAUUGGCCCCAACCGCUAAUAUUCGAUCCGGAUAGGUUUCUUCCGGGGAGGUAUAGUUCCUCGGACUUUUUUCCGUUUAGUUAUGGUCGCAGAAAUUGCAUAGGUCAAAACUUUGCUAUGUUAGAAAUGACCAUAAUAAUUGCUACACUGGUACGAAAAUUUGUAAUCAAAAUAGAUAAGCCAGUAGAAAUUGCAGAAAUAGGAGUAAAAUUGUGCCUCUCGUUGAAACCGACCGAACCAAUAAAACUAAAAUUUGAAAAAAGGAUGUAAUUUAAAUAUAUAAUAUGUGUACAUAAUAUAGACUUAAUUAAAAUAUAUAUGUGAUACAUU